GAUUUUGAAUCUCUGUCGGUAUACUGUAUUCGCAAUAUAACGUAGCAUUCACGACGAAGCGGUUGGCUUUUACAUUGUUGUUGCCAGCGAUAUUUUGACGCGCAAUUCGAAUCGAACAGUCGACAAUGUAGCGUGCAUUUUUGCAGACGGAAUAGAAAAUUUGUGUGCAGUUUUUUGUUGUUGAAAUUGUUCAUUUUGAAUAUGUAAUGUCAUUUUGAAAUUGUGAAUAACCGUAUGUGAUUAUAGCGUAAUUUUUUGCUGUUGUUUGAACCGAGAUUAGAACCGUUCCUAGAGAAACGCUUAGGAAAAUUUGUAGGUCGAAGUAAUCCAAAAAUUGGCAGUGAUUUGUAUGCUUUUCAUGAGAAACGCAUUUUGGUGUGACAUAACCGCAAAGUUCGCAAACUCGCUCAUCUAACUUCUGUUUUAUGUGCAAGAAACAUCAGCUGAAUCCAAAAAGUUCAAUUUUGUGAUUCCAAUCGAAAUGUCUGACGUCGGACCACCGCCAACAAAGCGAACGCGCUACAGUGCCCGGAUUGCUUCGGCCAAUCGAUCAACCGGUGCAACACCAUCGACGUCGACUUCAAGUCGACCGCGGUACAUACUAAGAAGUAACUCCAAACCGGAAGAUAUCGUCAAACCGCUCGCAGAUUCCGAACACCGACGAAAACCACCGAAAUAUCGCAUUCAAAAACUGAUGCAUCUCAACGACGAUUGUUUGUUGACUAUUUUCGAGCACAUGGACCCAAACACACUGAGUCACAUUGCAGCAGCAUGCAGUCGGCUCAGCAUUUUAGCCCGUUAUCACUUUCGUAUCAAGCACUCUGACUUCACCACCGCAUCACUCGUUGAAGAUGGCUCACCGAAUUUGAGAAUGAUGAUGAAGAUACUGACAAACUUUGGCGAUCUCAUCACAUCGUUGCACUUGUUGUGCUAUUUAUUUGUCCAAACAAGCAGAACACCGUACGAUUUGCUAGAGUUGGUCAAACGACACUGCCCCAAUUUGAAGACGCUGAAGCUUGAAGAUUUCACCGUGGCAAACGUGCGCCUUGUUGGAAAGCUGAAACCGUUGUUCCAAAACGUUGAGACAUUGGUGCUUGACAACUGUACGUUCAGUACCCAUGAUUUUGGUGCAAUGAAACAUCUUAAAAUGCUGAAAAUCGAAGCUGGUGACACUCCACGUGACGUUUUCACUCGAAAUUUUCCUAAAUUGGAGCAAGUGGAAUUUGUAGACAUGGAAACGUUUGAUGAUGAUUCGUUGAUGCAAUUUGUCAACCAAAAUCCAGCGUUGAAGCGAUUGUCGAUUGUCAACUGUGAGUUUGUGUCAACGAAAGUAUUUGCUGCAAUUGGUCAACUGAAGCAGCUCGAGGAAUUAGAAUUCCACCAAUACUACAUUCGACGAUCGGAUGAAGCAUUUCAGUCUGAUUUAAUGCAAUUGGCAUCAAUGGGAAAUCUGAAGGUACUGAAGUUGAAUUGUACCAAAAUGACCGUUUCUGGUUUACUCGAAGGCUUCGCGAAAAAUAAAAUUCCGAUUGAGCACAUGGAACUUGUCAAUGGUCGGAUCGAUGACGAAACAAACGGAAACAUUCACAAGCUGAAAACAAUCAAGACGCUAUGUUUGAAUGAAAUGGCCGGACUUACUGAACAUCACCUGCUGGGUUUCGUCAAAGAAUUGAAAUCGCUUGAGAAAUUGCACAUCAACACACUGGCAAAAAUCAAUCGAUCCAGUCUGAGAGGAAUUGCUCGCUAUGGUAACCGGUUGUCUUGUCUGAAAAUCGAUUCACCUCUACUGGUUUUGGACAGCGACACCUACCAAGAUAUGCUGACCGCAAUUCAAAAACGUGACCAAAACAUCAAGCUUGAUCUGACAAUUUAUGGCGAUGGCAAUCAGUUGUCUGUUGCGGAAUCGCUUUCAAAGGGACCAAACGAGAAAUGGUUCACCGUGAAAGAGUUGAAUCGAAUGCACAAUCCAAUCUUCCCUCGUCAGGCAACACCCGACGAUGAUGAUGAAGAUGAUGAUGAAGAUGAUGAUGAAGAUGAUGACGAUGAAUUCGACAUGUUUGAUGAUGAAACAGACGAAGAGUUCGGGCGAAGAGAGGAAGAGGAGGAGGAGGAGGACAGCGGCAGCGAACGUGACCGCACAGCUACAGAUUCCGAAGACGAAGCAGAUACUGAUUGAUAGCCCAUCACUUGAUGUAGCACAUUACAUUACGCAAUCAUAUGGCCAUUUCGAAAUUUGAAUAAGAAAUACCGCAUUCUAAUCUUCUUGAAAUCAUAAGUUAAGUACAUAACAACACGUUGAACGAACCGAAAUCAAAAUAGUAAAAGGUCAGAAGGGAAAAUGCUAAAAGGGAAGGGAAUUCCACAUUGAUUUUUGUUGUUUAAGAAAAUAAUCUUUAUUCGUUAUUCAUUUAUCAACACCAUAUUCAUAUCAACUUGAUAUUAUCGAGUUUAUUUUUGUUAGUCGAAGAGUCUGAAAUUCAGUUAUUAUAAAUUUUUGUUUGGAAAGUUUCUCAUUUAUUGUGCUUUUUGAAAAAGCAAUGAUGAACAAAAUAGAAUAUAAAGUAAUGUUUAAGAAGAGUACAAAUCAAAAUCUCUAAUUAAAUAAAAAUAAACGAGAAAAAUGCCAUCGUGUGUACAUUUUUUCAAAGUUGUCUAAUGUUCCAGAGAAACUUUCAUUGAACGCACUCUGUCUGCGAGCCGUUUGACAUUUGCUUUUGACAUAAACACUGUCUAUCACAAGUAGCACAUGUUUACAACAGUAAAUAGCUCAACUGCAUGCAGUGCAUAUGAACGAGCCAAAAUGAGUAAAGAAAUCGAAAAAUUGAAGAAGCCAGAGAAAAAACCGGUGCGAUAUUUCAGCGAUGUGAAUAAAACCAAGUCAGACGAUGUAGAGCACAUAAAGGUGAACAACCAAAAGAAGGCGAUUCCAUUCAAAGGUGAAGUGAUUCGAGUGCAGGAAAAGGCAAAAUUCUAUGCAAAAUCUAAAUGGGACAAUAAGUGGCCGGAGAACGCAAGACAUGGCCAGCAAAAGCGAAAGAAGAGUUUGGUUAAGCUUGAAGUUGAUCCGUAUGCAAAAGACCGACAUUCUCGUGGCGGUAAAUCGAGUGGCGAAGGAAUAAAAACCGAUUAUUUCAAAGAGAAACUCCAGCGUAAAGAAGUUUACUAUGAUUUUGCCAAUGAACAAGCGGCCCGAGCUGAACUGCUGCUCAAUGAAGAAGAAGGUUUUAUCGAAGCGGAGGAUGGCGUUAGCACGGCCGAAUACACACAGAAAGAAAUCGUGGAUAAUGUCGAUAUAUCUGCUGCAUCGAAGCAUUUUAAUCUAAACUUAGACUUUGGCCCGUAUCGCAUGCGAUACACAAAGAAUGGUCGUCAUUUGUUGAUCGGUGGACGUAAAGGUCAUGUGGCUGCAUUCGAUUGGAUUACAAAGAAAUUACACUGUGAAUUCAAUGUUAUGGAAGAAAUUACCGAUGUGUCAUGGCUUCAUAUCGAGACAAUGUUUGCCGUUGCACAGAAAAACUGGGUGCAUUUUUACGAUAAUCAAGGCAUCGAAGUGCAUUGUGUCAAAGCAUUGAAUCGAAUUAGACGCUUAGAAUUUUUACCGUAUCACUUUUUGAUUGUGAGCGCCAGUGAUCAGGGACAUUUAUCAUGGUUGGAUGUGUCAACGGGUAAUUUAGUGGCAAAUUAUCAUUCGAAAUUGGGUCCAAUCCAAAUGAUGGCACAGAAUCCAUACAACGGUGUAAUGUGCAUCGGUGAUUCAAAAGGUGUGGUUUCGAUGUGGGCACCAACUGUCCGAGAACCACUGGCAAAAAUGUUAUGUCAUUCCACACCGAUGACAGCGUUGGCGGUGGAUCCGAGAGGAACAUUCAUGGCGACCAGCGGUUUAGAUAAGCAUGUUAAAAUCUGGGAUGUUCGUUCAUUGAAUGGACCAAUUUGUGAUUACAUUUUACGAACACCGGCAAAUGAACUGGCUAUUUCACAACGUGGCUUAGUUGCAUUUGGCAUUGGCAAUCAGUGUGAAAUUUAUCGUAAGCCGAACAUGGUGUCAGUCAAAACGCCAUAUUUGCGACAUAAAUGCUAUGGAACAAUUGGAAAUAUGCAAUUCUGUCCGUUCGAAGAUGUAUUAGGCGUUGCCACAGCCAAAGGAUUCACGUCAUUAAUUGUGCCCGGUUCUGGUGAGCCUAACUUUGAUGCUCUUGAAGCUAAUCCAUAUCAGACUAAAUCACAGCGUAAAGAAAGCGAAGUGCAUGCUCUAUUGGAUAAGAUUCCACCCGAACUGAUCAAACUCGAUCCAAAUGUAAUUACACAAGUAGAUGUGCCCACACUUAACGAAAACAUUGAAGCCAAGAAAUCAUUAUUGUACCUCAAAGUACCGCAAGUCGAUUUCAAACAGCGCAAAAAGAUGAAAGGAAAAGGUGGCUCGGUGAAUGCGUUUAAAGCGAAGAAAAUCGUACGAGAUCAAACGAAGAAACAGUUUAUACAAACAAUCAAAGGCGUUAAGAAGCAACUCAUCGACGAACAUCAAGUCAGUGCAGCAGACGAUAAGAAGAGUGUCAAACAAGGUGCUCUCGAUAGAUUUAAGCAAAAGAAGAAAAAGUAAAAGUAAAAAUACCGUUUUCAAUCGAUUCUACGAAAGUUUCAAAUAAAUUUGAUGUAAAUGAUAAGAAAAA